AUGUAAUGUGUGUUUGCUCAUUUGAUAUGCGAUUUACGUAUGUAUUGGCCGGUUGGGAGGGCACUGCAAAUGAUUCAAGAGUGUUCAUUGAAACCGUACAUGAUCCAACAAAUUUAUUUCCAAUGCCACCAACAGAUAAAUACUAUGUUGUCGACUCGGGUUAUACAAAUAUGCCUGGCUUUUUAUCGCCAUACCGUGGUGAGAGGUACCAUCUAAAUGAGUUUCGUAAUCAACGUCGACAACCAAGAAACAAGAAGCAAAUGUUCAAUUACCGACACUCCUCACUGCGCAAUGUGAUUGAGAGAUGCUUCGGUGUCUUGAAGGCUCAUUUUCCAAUUUUGAGAGAGAUGCCUCCGUAUUCAACUAAGACGCAGAGAUACAUCCCCAUUGCAUGCUGUACAAUACACAACUGGAUAAGGACACAUUCUCAAAAUGACACAUUGUUCGCUGAAUGGGCCAAUCCAGAUCGUAUCGUUGAAGAUAAUGGGCCUAGUGGAGGUGAUAGUAGCAGCUCGACACAUGCAGGAAGUAGUUCUCAGCAACCAAUUGACUUAGACAUUAGUCAACCUCAAUUACGUCACAUGUCUGAUGUAAGGAAUCAAAUUGCUGGUCAAAUUUGGGAAUCUCUCGGAAACAAUUGAAAUAUUAUUUAUGCGUAUAAUAGAUUGUGGAAGAUGUUUUUUUUAUGGUUUGUGGAAGAAUUGAGAUGUUAUUAUUAUGGUUUGUAAGUUGUUAUGAACAUUAUGGUUUAUUAUGGUUAU